AUUGGCUACAGAAAUUCCCCUGCUACUGGAUUUUCUACUGGAAAAUCAGUGACUGAUGGUGUGAUCUUGAAUUUGCUCUCAUGUAUCCCCUUUUACGAAUAAACACAACUGUUCUGUUUAUUUAUUACACACGUUACACAUCUGCUUAUGAAUCGGAUAAGAUGUUCGUCCCUGAAAAUUGGCCUUCUAAUUUUGGGGGUGAGUGAAUACCCGUUCGCCCACGAAGGAGGGCCCGCAGUCUGGGUUUGCUAAAUAAAAGUUUUAUUUAUUAUAAAACCCGAUAUUUGGGGCAGCCGUUGUCGUACACCGUGGGUUGUCGAGGAUUUAGUCCUCUGACAGCAGCGACAGCGCAAUGCUGGUGUUCGGGGACGAUGAAGCGGAUGUGUGGGAGUGGAAUGCCGUGGCCGUCCUCGUCGACGGUCGGCUGCAGCGCGGCGAGGUGAUCAACGUGGCCGAGGGCGGCCUGAUCGUGGACUUCGGCUGCCGUGCACGGCGCUCGCAGUUUGUCGAGUACGAACGCAUCUUCCGCUUCAGCAACCAGGACCUGUUCGGGUCCCCCGGAAUGAAGCUGCUGGUGUUGCUGCGCUACCACCCGGACGACGCAUGGACGUGGUACGCGGGACACAGUCUCCCCCUUCAAUCUGACGGCUUUUUGGAGGACUUGGAAUUCGUGCGGGUGGAGCUGCCCCAGGGGAACACCAUGGAGCUGGUCCCCUACCCGCAGCUGCGUGAGCCCUUCACGGAGCGGCGCGUCCAGCGGGAUGACUUUGUCAUUCGGUGGUGUCCGCUGCCGGACACCUACUCCUCGGCGGAUCCACAACGGCUCAGGGAGCUGUUGGAGGAGAAAACGAUCCAGUCCAGGCACUCCUGCAAUAUGCUGUGCACCGCCGUGCACAGCCAGGUAGUUCUCUAUCUCCAACGACAGACUGAUACUCCGCUGACAGCUGCACAGCUGGAAGAGCUGCUCAACUGGCGCUCUUCGCGUACUUUAGAGCUUGUGCGGCAUCAAUCAACGACCAGCCCGCCUAGAACACGGCGAAAGGUGUGCGGAAUGAAUUCAGCGCUUCCGGUGGAACUCCUGGUAGAGGUCUUCCAGGCGUUGGACUCCAUCGAGCGUGUCCGUGGUCGGCGGGUAUGUCCACUAUGGAACAGUAUCCUCACCACGGAAUCGCACUUCCCCGACGUGCGCGUCUCAGGCAAACCCGGGUAUCACGGCAGACUGCCUGUGCGUGAAGAGGGCACGUACUGGGUGCUGGCCUGCCUGCUGAAAUGUCUGACCCCCGCCACCCGGGUGGCGGUGGUCAUGCACCUGACCGCGGAUAACAACGGCAACGUUGCCGAGCCCAUCAAUCACACCUUCAACGCCCACCACCGGCUGCCGACGCUGGUGUUCUACGAUUGUGAAUUCGGGGAUGACCGCACGUUUGGCCGGGAUGUUAUCGUCGUCACGGCGCACGACGCCGCGCAAUGUGCAUGCCAGCGCAUUCUGUGGAAGCAUUGCCGCGUCUUCCACUCGUGUAGCGAGCCGAUCGCCAUCGCUCAGCAUACCUUUAGCGUCCGCUGCAGACAAGACAUGAUGAUGCAGAUGUUUGAGCUCUUUGAGCAGACGCUGGUCUGGCCGCGGCCGCUCAACUUGCCGGAGCUGUCGGCAUGGAUCAGCAAGGCGGUCGCUGCCAACGAAGCACAUAUUAUUGUAGUUAUUUUAGGCACGCUCAAGUGCUGCCAGAGCGCCGAUCCCCGUCCCACCACGCAGUACCGCGGGCGGGACUGGCAGGUGUCCCAUCUGGCCGGUUUGGACGUCAGGACGCUGACGCCACUGACGGCGGCGUUUCUAACACAGGCACUCAUAGAACAUGUGCCUGUCCUUUACAAAUAGAACGUCGUUGCUGCGCGCAACGAAUUUGUGGCAUGCACUAAGGAAAUACUUCGAGUUUUCUCAUAUCUCGGUUAACCCUCGGACUGUGCAAAUAAUAAAAUAAAUCA